UAUAGUCAGUUGUCAUUUGUUGCGGAUCCUUAUUAUUAUUAAACAAAAUACAAAUCUAAUGAUCCUUAUAUCAGAUGAAAUGUUUUUGUUUUCAAUUUUGUAAAAUUUAGAUAUAGUUAAUAAUACGAAGAAAGGGAUUUGUAUCUUAAUGUUCCGAUUUUAUUCAAAUAUUUGUAAGUAAUGGCAGCGGCAUUUCAACAACAAAUAUUUGCAUUGGAUGCUCGAUUUAACGCAUAUAGAGCUCCAGGAAAUCCUAAUUUCAAAACGCUUUACAUUCGCCGGAGAAGUCAGCUUUUAAGAGAAAACGCUAAGUUUAAGGAUAUUGAAACAAUUAAAAAGUAUAUUCUUAUUAGAAGCCAGCUGCUUCAACGCAGAUAUGGAGUGCAGGACAACAUAUCCAUAAGCUCAUCAUCAUCUCGGCAACGUUCCAGUAGUAAGGCAAGCUUAGCAAUAGAUGAAAGCAUUACUAUAAAUGCAAAGAAGAAGAACGAUCUGACUAUAUCAGAAAAUUAUGCUUUUUCUGGAGUUCACCAUAUAUUUGAUCAGCAUUCAGAGCAAGUCAGCAUUGUAAAGUUUGCAAACAAUGACCGCUCAAAGCUGUGUUGUGCUUCAAAUGAUGGUACUGUGUCAGUGUGUGAUGUCACUGCAUCUCCACCUAGAGUUGCCUUCAUACUGGAGGGACACUCCAAGGCUGUUACUGGAUGUGAUUGGUCGGCUUCAAAUGAUUUGCUGGUAACAUGUGGUGCAGAUGGGGUUUUAGUCCUUUGGGAUAUCCCUCGCCGUCGACAACUUCGGUCUGUAAGGGACCAACUACAAUCUCCAUUACUUUGCUGUGUGUUUCAGCCAGUUAAUAAUAACAUGGUGAUUGCAGGCAACGCCCGAGGCAUGGUAGAAGUUCUUAAUGUGUCUACUGGAAUAUAUCCUCGAGGUGGCAGCAGUAUUUUGGGCGGUCGAGUGACAUCAAUUGCGUGUGAGUCUAGUGGAAGGAUGUUUUGGGCAGCAAAUGAUAAGGGUGUGAUAGUUAGCUAUCUGAUGUCGGGCGCUGGUGGAUCUUUGAGCAAAUUGCGUCGAUGCUGCGUCGGAGGCGCCGUCUCUUGCUUAAGCUGGAGUCCUUGGCUUGCCAGACACCCCGCCUUGUUGGUCAGCGCAGCUAAUGAUUCGCUAUUAUUGUUUAGGAUAUCAGAUCGCGAAGGCAGUCUUUCGCUAAAGAAGCGAUACGACAUAGCGCACCGUUCUCAUGGCGUGCAAUCAACUUUCUGCCCAAUAAUGUCGUUUCGUCGCGGAGUUUGCGUCGUUUCGGGGGCGGAGGACGCCUGUGUCUAUUUCCUUGACAUCGAAGGACACGCCGAACAGCCCGUUGUUAAUAAAUUGCAAGGUCACGCGCACGCAGUUCUAGGUGUAAGUUUUAGUUAUGACGAAAGUUUGUUGGCGACUAGUGAUGUAUCGGGACUGGUCAUCAUCUGGCGACGGAGCUGACCGCCACACGAUAUGAUGCCUCUGAACUGUGAUUUUAUAUAUUUUUAACUCAUCUAUACAGUUUGUCGAUCGUGAAACUAGUUCUAAGAUUAUUGUAUAAAUAUUAUUUUUCUUUUGUUGAUCGACAUUUUGUAAGUUUUAGAUAACUUCUUAUGUUUUGAGUGAUAGUUCCAUUUUUUUUGAAUUAUUCUAAAAUGACAAUCUGCCCUACUUACUGUAAUUAAAGUGAUUAAACUGAAAAUAUAUAUUA